UUAUCAUAGCGCGGGAAGGAUUAGGGAGGAUUAUGUUUUAGCCUGUAGUCACAGUUUCAGCUGAUGGAACCAUGGCUGGUCUGCGGCUCACCUACUACAACCCUCGCCUUUUAAGAACUUUGCUUAUUCAGCUACAACAGCAACAACAGGCGGGACUGUUCUGUGAUGUCACUCUGCAGGGAGACGGUGAGGGCAUCGAUGUCCACUCUUGUGUCAUUGCAGCAUGCAGCCCAUAUUUGGCUGACCUGCUCACGUCUCCUACUGAAAUAUCAGAAGUUUCUGAUUCCACCAGACGUGUGUUAAAGAUUCAUGGAUUAAAAAGCAUUCACCUAUUUCCUCUUGUCCAGUACAUGUACACCGCAGAGCUGAAGGUUGCACCAGGAGAUGUCGGCAGUGUUCUCCAAGCAGCACACAAGUUACAAAUCCCAGAAGUGGAGCUCUUGAAGCUGGAAAGAGGAAGGUUAGUAAGGACUGACUCUGGGAGAAGACUAAAUAGGAGUUGUCUUGGAACCAAAACUCGUACUCCAUAUGCAAAGGCUGAAAACCAAGGAACCAAAUGUUCAGGCACUCAUAUUCCGAUGAAGCCAACAAGAAACAGCCAAAACAAAAUAGACAAUGAUGUAGACAAUGUAAGCAUGCAAGGUAAUGAAAACACACAGGACACGGAGACAAGCAGCUGCGGGGUGUCAGAGAUUGGGUCGAGCGACCUGGGUUGCUUGGAGAAUGUUUUAAGCAGUUGCAGUUCAGUGGAGGAUUUUGCAGGCGAUCAUGGUUACCUAGAGAAUGUACCAACCAGCCAUGAUUUGUUGCAGUAUGUACAUGGUACGCAGAAUUCACAAGAGGAUGCCCCACCUAUCCACAACUCUAUAAAUGAUAUUGCAAACAGUCAGGAUUUAACAGAGAAUGCCUUAAUUAGUCAGGAUUUCGUGCAAGAUUUCAUUAGCAACCAGAAUUCACCAAUUGCAGAAAGCCUUGACUUAAUGGAAUCUGAACUAAAGGGUUUGUUGGAUUAUAUCCCCGGUAGCCAGGACCUAUCAGAGGAAACGGUGAAUGUUUCUGGCUUGCACGACAAUGUGCCGAGCAUCAAGGAAUCACCAGAAGAUGUGCAGAGUAUUGGGGAAUUUCUGAAGAAUAUCCAGAGCAGCGAAGAAUUGCUGGACGAUAUGCAGAAUAUUGGGAAAGAUGCACUGAGCACUGGGGGAUUGUCAGAAGAAGCACAGAGCAUUGUGGCAUUGCCAGAGGAUGCGCAGAGCACUGGGGGAUUGUCAGAAGAAGCACAGAGCAUUGUGGCAUUGCCAGAGGAUGCGCAGAGCACUGGGGGAUUGUCAGAAGAAGCACAGAGCAUUGUGGUAUUGCCAGAGGAUGCGCAGAGAGUUGAAGAAUUGCCAGAGACUAUGCUAAGAAGCCACGCAUUAUCGGAGAAUCUUCAAGACACACAGGAGAACUUGCUGAAGAGAUGUAGGACAAUACCUCCGAAGCGAAGCAAAAGCAACUCCGAAGUAAUGCUUGACCAAGAGGGAGAAUGUUUUUCAGGCCAACAAAUAAGACCCCACACAAAAUCAAAAACAGGAUUGUUAAAAAGAAUAAAAUUGGACAGAAAAAACAAGGAAAUUGCUUUUUGCGGAGAGUUUUUGAAAUUCAAAUGUCCAGAUGUGACGUGCAGUAAUAUCGACAUUUCAGAUAAGUCAGAGGACAUGUUAGAUGACCAUAAGUUAUUAGGGCAAUGUGACAAGCCACGUAGUCAUCACCAUGGGCAUCAUCUGAAACACACAGCGGAAUUAAAGGACCAACUUUCAGGUGAACAUGCUGGACAUUUAGUGGGAUUGAAAGUAGGUCAAUUGAGAACAGAAGACAAAAAUGCGUUGAUUAAAGAUGGACGUGCUAAUGAAGCGCCGAUCGUUAGCAGUGAAAUUACUGAUUCACCAGUAAACGAUGAGAAUGGAAACUAUUCUGUGCCCCAUACAGUCUUCAAAAGUAUAAAAGAGUCCUGGUCAGGUCCAAUAAUAGAGAUGAAUACUGGAACUGUGGCCCACAAGGGAUUUACAUCAAGUGCCCACUGUGGAUCUGAAUCAAAUAGAAUUGUAGACCAUGAGGGUCCACCAUCAAGUACCAACUGUGAAUCUGAGACAAGUGGAGCUGUAGUUCACGAUGGUUUAAUGACCAGAACCUACGAUAAAUCUGAAACAAUUGGAAGUGGAAACCAAGAGGGUCUACCAUCAAGUACCCACUGUGAAUCUGACACAAGUAGAACUUUAGACCAGGAUGGUUUGAUGACCAGCACCUACUCUGAAUCUGAAACAAGUGGAACUGGGAACCAAGAGGGUCUACCAUCAAGUGCCCACUGUAAAUCUGAAAGAAAUGGAGCUGUAGACCAAGAGAAUGUAUUAAGUACAUCCUGUAAAUCCAAAAGAGUUGAAAUUGUAGACCAUAAAUGUUUAACAUCAAGCACAAACUAUGAAUAUGAACCGAGUAGAACUGUAGGCCAAGUUGCUUUAACAUCAGGUACCUACCAUGAAUCUGAAAGACGUGGAACUGUAAACCCAGAGGGUGUGCCAUCAAGUGCCUACUGUGAAUGUGAAACAAAUAGAAUUGUAGUCCGUGAGAUUUUUUCAAAUACAUACUGUAAAUCUGAAAGAGAUGGAAUUGUAGACCACGACAAGAGUCUAGACGAAUUUCAAAAAAGAUGCUACAUCGACUCCGAAGAGGAGAAAGUGAACAUAAAGAGGACCAGUGAUGCCCUCAGCUGGGAAGUCAAGCCUUUAAAUGUUACAUGCCCUAGUAAGGGGAAAGAACACUUCAAAGAGUUGGAGGAACAAGUUGAACAGAUAAUACAUUUCACUACACCUAUGUCCCCAGACGUAGAUGUGGGUGUAUACAGUCCACCCAUGUUUAUGGAGGAACAUUUGUGGCCCGACUUGUCCUCAGAAUCAGACAUGGAAAUUGACGUACUGGAAUAAGACUAGGAGCAAAAGCCUCUAAACUAAAGCCUGUGUGGCACAUAAAGUGAUUGUUCCCCUUUUUUACAGUUCGCAGUGAUAAAUGCAUCAGUAUUCUUGGCAUUUCGUGUGUGCUCCACAUAGUGGUAUCCCAGCCAUCAACAUAACAUUACAUAUCACCACAGUAAGCGCUAGACCUUAGGUCAGUGCGAGUCCAACUGCUGAUACCCAUGACAAGAUCAUUGGACCAGUGUUUGAAAUGGCAAUGUACGCUCUCAUCUACUGCUAAGGGCAAGUUCACGUCACCGUUAAUUUUUCUGUUCUUGGUGAUCCGUCAGGAGAAAAGGAAAAAAAACGGAUCCUUAAGUUACAGAGUUAUUAUAGCCCUCGGUUCUGCUGGCUUCAGAGCUGAAAUCUCCCAGCAUCCUUUGUUGGCUCAGUGUUUGCACAGAGUUUGCUCUGCUGACCUCAUUCAUUUAUAUGUCGGCCACUAUAGAAAAAUCCACAGUAGGGAAGAACUGACUGUAAGAAAUUGUGUGGGGCAAGCUUCUAAUGAAGACUAGUCCAAGUGUGAAUGGUUACAUAUGCUCGGUGGCACUCGAAGGUGGAGAUACACAUUAGAUGUAGAUUUACUGAAGUGAUGUUACACAUAAUCACUUAUUGAUGCAUGUUAUAGUUAUUUGGAGUGAUAGGUAGGUAGGUAUGUUAGACAGGUAAGGUUCAAGAGGUUUUCUGGGUGUUUAACAUUGAUGACCUAUUUUAAGGAUAGUCAUCAAUAUCUGAUCAGUCUGACUUACAGGCACCCCGGCAUAUGGGCCAGUCGUCACGUCAGCUCAGUUGCAAUGAAUGGCGCCGAGCUGCAAUACCAAGCACAGCCACUAUCCAAUGGACGGCGCUGUGCUUGUAAUGUUACGAGGAGGCAACAGCAUUCACUGGAGCAGCGUGACCCCUUCAAACAGCUGAUCAGAGAGGGUGCCAGGUGUCGGGCCCCCAUUAAUUAGAUACUGAUGACCUAUCCUGAGUACAGGUUAGCAAUGUUAAACACCUGGAAACCCUCUUUAAGGUUCUACGUAAUUAUCUAGCAAGCAAUGGCCAUUUUUCCGUUUUUGAUUUAUGAUAUUUAGUUCAAAUCUUCCUGCGUGCCCUUAUGUGGAGGGAGGAUAGUCUGCAUAAUACCCCUCUGUAGUGCUGCUGAUGAUGCUGUCUUCGCUGCUGCGCUGGCAGGUGUUCUUCUGCCCAGGUCGCGAUGUGUUCCUGAGUAUACGGUAUAUGCAGCUGAACAGGAAGACUCGGGACCUGAGCAGCCGGCAGUGUUGGGCGCGGCAGAGAUGGCGGCACCAGCAGCGCUACGGAGGGGUAAGUAUUGAACAAACUGUGUUCUCCACAGAUUGGCACAGAGGAAGGUUUCCAUUAAAGCCCAGAGAACCUCUUUAAAGGGGACUUCCGGGAUUUUAAUAUUGAUGACCUGUCCUCAGGAUAGAUCAUCA